CCAAAAAGGAUGAUCUGCUGGCCAGCAGCCCAGCAGCUUUCCACGAGACCGUUAUCAUUUCCUCUUUCCUGCAAAAAGGAGUGUGGAUCUUGAGUGGUGAGGGAGGGAUGAUGCGAGAGAUGGGGGAUGGGGGAGAUGGGAGAUGAAACAUUUAGGAAGUUGCAGUUGCAGAAUGCAAUCAAUGUAGAUCCAGCCAAUAGCAAGAGCCUUCAACCGAUUGCAGUUUCCAACACACAGAUUUUCAGCGGAGAGGAGUCGAGUCUCCGGAUUUUCUUCCUGCAAGAUCCACUGUGGUGUUGGUGAACCACCUUGCAGACAACCCCAUGAAGAUGAAAGAGGGCCCAAUCUGUGGUGGAGAGAAGACAUGAUUUGUCUCUUCAAAGUGACCCUUUGUCAGCAUCCUCUGUGGUUUUCUGAGAGCGAACCACCGAGGUCGUUCUGGAGUGACCAUGCGACAAACCAUUUGGUGCCACCAAGUGGUGGCCGUUAUGGACGGAGUGGAUAACCUCUAUGAGAUGACCUGUACAGCACUCACCUUGUCGAAUGGAUGAUAAGAUGACAAGGUCAGCACAACUACCUGAUCCUCUUGACUUGAUCGCAUGUUUCUCUGUCUCUGUCCCCCAUGAUCUGCAUCUCUCUUACACAUGAAACCGGCACAUCCGAAAAAUGAACGACAUCUUGGACACCGCUGCGACGUCUGGUCCCAGGGAGCAGGCCGACCUUCGUUUCGCGCGUGCGACGGUGUCGCCGGCGGCAAUGGCCCCACGUCGCAGCGGGUCGCAAGCGCUCCCGGGAGAGCUCGUCUUCCAUCCCUGCGUGCCGGAGCACAUGGAGUGCUCCACACAGGUGGAGCUGAGUGAGUCUGAGGUCGAGGAUGAGGAUCCCGAGCCGAAGUCCACCGGAUCAAAGGUGAAGAGGGACAUCAAGAGACAAGUUCAAGCGCAGAUCUUGCAGACCUUCCUGAAGAAGCACAAGUUCAAGCAAGAUGUCAACCAGCGAAAACGCAGUUCGGGCGGCUGCCUCCUCUUCAGACCUUCUGAGGAAUUCUGCCCGAUCCACCUGGCAGCCAAGACUGGAGACCUGUCUGUACUCCGCGUGCUCCUGCGGGCGGGCGCAGAUCUCCAUGCGCGGAGCUCUCGCGGCCGCACCGCCUUGGAUCUGGCGCGCGAGGCGGACGUGUGCGGUUCCCACGCUCAGGUGAUUGAUCUCUUGAAGGCUGAGGUGCAGUUUGUUUCCGCUCGAAGGCUUGCCACAAUGGUGGUCACACAGCAAAUCUGAUGUAACACCUUCGGGAGAGAUGCGCCUUUUAGAAUCUUUGAGACCGAUUGUGCUCUGCAUCGCAGGGCUUUUCCAGAGUGGCCUGGAUCCACUCCAUCAUACCAUGCCUUUUCCAUCCCUUUUCUGCCGUGUCUUGGCAGGUUGUGCCAAAGCCAUAGCUGUUUUGCCACAGGGAUUUUCGGAAUGUUGUUUCGGGCUGAUCCGCACCUGCAGCAUUCUUUUUCGCCCUGCGUUCGACGUUCGCCCAAGUGAUGGAGCUCACCUGUGAAUUACACAAACAGACUGUGUGUG